AUGGCCUCCCCAUUCUACAACUACACCAUCGCCACUUUCACCAGGGGUCUCAAUACCCUAUCUUCCAUCCUCAAAAAGGCUGAAGAAUACGCCAGAGAAAAAAACAUCCCGCUCGAUGAGCUUCUCAAUGCCCGCCUUGUUGAGGAUAUGAAGCCUCUCUCUUUCCAAGUUGUGACGGCAACAAAUACCGUCUCCAAAGCCCUCGCCCGCGCAGCUUCAGUGGAACCCCAACCACAGCAGGAGCCCGAUGGGACGUACGAAGACCUUUACAAGCGCCUUGAGAGGACACUCGCGGAGCUCGAAAAGGUCGAUCCAGCUAGAUUCGCUAUCAAGGAUGGACAAACCUUCAAGGCUCCGAUUGGAAGCAACGUAUUUGAUUAUACGCUAGAGGAUUAUUCGGUGCGAUUUGCGAUCCCAAAUUUCUACUUUCAUGUGGUGACGGCGUAUGAAAUUUUGAGGGUCAAAGGGGUGCAGUUAGGGAAGAUGGAUUAUCUAUCAGAAUUUAUGGCCUAG